CGCAGGCGCAGUAGGCAUGGCCGUACCCUGGGCGCCCGCGCGGGGUCGCGCGGCGCCGCUGAUCCGCCAGCGUCCGGCAUGACGGGCUGGGCUCUCGCUUCUGCCCCCGCCUCGCUGCAGCGCCAUGGAAUGCCUGCGGAGCCUGCCCCGGCUCCUGCCGCGCGCGCUGGGGCCGCCCCGGCGCGGACUGUGUCCCCUGGCCUGGGGCCUGACCUCCGGGCGCGCCGCCGGACUGCUCGGCGGGCGCCGGGCCACGCCGCCCGGCGCACCCUGCGGGCCCCGCCUGGCAGGUGAACUGUGCCGGUUAGGAUCGUCCGAUGUCUCCCAGGCCACGUUAGCCAGUGUAGCCCCGGUGUUCACCGUGACGAAAUUUGACAAAGAAGGAAAGGUUACUUCUUUUGAGAGGAAGAAGACCGACCUGUACCAGGAGCUGGGCCUGCAGGCGCGCGACCUGCGCUUCCAGCACCUGAUGAGCAUCACCACCCGGAACAACCGCAUCAUCCUGCGGAUGGAGUAUUUGAAGGCUGUGAUAACUCCAGAGUGUCUUCUGAUACUAGAUUACCGUAAUCUAAACCUGGAGCGGUGGCUGUUCCGGGAGCUCCCUGCACAGCUGGCUGGAGAGGGUCAGCUGGUCACGGACCCGCUCCCUUUUGAGUUCAGAGCCAUGGAGGCACUCCUGCAGUAUCGGAUCAGCACGCUGCAGGGGAAACUGAGCGUGUUGGAGCCCCGCAUCCUCGACACGCUGGAAGCGUUGGUGGAUCCCAAACACUCCUCUGUGGACAGAAGCAAGCUGCACAUCUUACUGCAAAAUGGCAAGAGCCUGUCCGAGCUGGAAACAGACGUGAAGAUGUUCAAGGAGUCCAUCCUGGAGAUCCUGGACGAGGAGGAGCUGCUGGAGGAGCUCUGCCUCACCAAGUGGAGCGACCCCGACGUCUUUGAGCAGAGCAGCGCCGGCAUCGACCACGCGGAGGAGAUGGAGCUGCUGCUGGAGAACUACCACCGGCUGGCCGAGGACCUCUCCAACGCGGCCCGUGGGCUGCGGGCGCUGAUCGAUGACUCCCAGAGCGUCAUCUUCCUCAACCUGGACAGCCACCGCAACGUCAUGAUGAGGCUGAACUUGCAGCUGACCAUGGGGACCUUCUCUCUCUCGCUGUUCGGGCUCAUCGGAGUUGCUUUUGGGAUGAACUUGGAAUCUUCCCUCGAAGAGGACCACCGCGUGUUCUGGCUGAUCACGGGCAUCAUGUUCAUGGGCAGCGGCCUGAUCUGGAGGCGGCUGCUGUCGUUCCUCGGGCGGCAGCUGGAAGCGCCUCUGCCUCCCGUGGUGGCCUCUUUGCCCAGGAAGGGCCCGCAGGCGGACAGGAGGGCGGACGUGCGGCACAGCUUCCGGCCGGAUGGGUUGGGGCCCGGCAGGAGUGUCCUCCCGGCGCCCCGGUGAGCGCGCCGUCUUGUGCAGCGCCGCAGCAGAGCCCUGGUGCCUUCACAGACGCGGAGGCCCAGAGACGUCCCUGGGAUCUACGCUACGUCGUCUGGUGAUGAAACGCGGCAACGACAGUCCUGGAACUGCACCUUUUUUUUGGGGAUUCCGAGUAAACCAAAGUACCUGCUUUGUAAGAGGCCAGAACGCUGCUGUCUGCCAAGCUGGAGAGCCGCUCCUGCAGAGCGUGAGCCGGGGCCGACCUAACCCUGGGUGGUGGCGUAGAGCUCCCUCUGCGCGGGGGGACAGCAGUUUCGGGCUCCGCGCAGCCAGGAGGCUGGACAGACCCCCCCCCCACGUGGGCCACGCGGCCGCAGCUCAGGGUGGGCCCUGUCCUCGUGCGUCUGCUGCCUGCCAGGUGACGGGACAGCCAGCAGGUCGGCCUCAGCACAGACGCGGGAGGCCCGUGCCCCGAACCCCCGGCCUCAUCUUCUCGUGCCCGCCCCCUUUUAUCAAAGGGGGUGAUGUUAGUGUCGGGUGGGUUCCCACUGGUUAACGUCUGCGGAUGUGGGCUUGGGGGGAAUUUCCAUCUGUCGCUGGUUUGCAGCUGCCUCGGUUGGGCCCUGACCUGCAGUUGGAGGUGUCCACCCCCUCUGGGACAAAACUGUGUGGCCUCUGACCCUGUGUGUCGUGUGUCCCCCCCGCCCCCUCGACUGGCAGGAGGGCAAGAACGCUGGGCCUGCAGCCCCUUCUGUCCCCACAGCCAGAGCUCUGGGGUCGGAAGGAGCCGCUGACCCCUGCCCGUCUCAGUGUGGCUGCCCUCUGCGACGUCUCCCAUCCCCCUUCGCAUUUCUGGAGGGUGAAGGCAGUUACACUGCCUGUGAGGUCGAGCACCUGGGAGGCACCACGCGGCCCCAGCCCAGCCGCAGUGGGGGCACCGACACCGUCAGGUGCUGUCGGAGGAGGUGGUGCUGGGGCCCUAGACCGGGGGUCUGGUGACAGACGGAAACUCGCUGUUCCCGCAGCUGAUCUGAGAGAGGGCGGGCGGCUUCCCUGCACUCUGCUGUGGCCCUGCGCAGCCACCAGGGGGCGCUGGGGGCCGGGCUGGGGCUGACCUCACAGGUCUGGAAGAGGGCAGAUUCCACGUGGCGCACCGCGGCCGAUUGUGGCCGUGUUACUGGGGAACAGUGACGACCACUUAACCUCGACAGGGCACCGGCGCCCAGAGCGCGGAACGCGGCUCUGCUGCGGUCGGGCGCAGAACGGGUCUGGUCCUCUCCUCCCGGCGUCAGUGUGCGGCUCUGGGUCCAGAGACUCAGCUGUGUCUGGGCAAGGCCAGGGAGAACCAUGCACCUACCUCACAAGUCUGACCCGGGGACGCACCGACGUGCUGAGAGGUGCCCAUCUGGCUAAGGUUCCGUGGUGGAGCCCACGCCCAAGGUGUGCCGAGUUGGGUGGCUUUAAGUUCUCAAUUACACACACACACUGAGCCCCACCUGCUCUUGGGAAGCAGGUGACAGAACGCCAGGUGCUUGGUCAGGUGGGGCCGUAGGUGGCCUCAUCCCAGGAGCCACGCACACGCGCAGGGCCCACCCAGGAGCUAGGUGGGGCAGGCCUCUCAGAUGCAGGGGCGUGGUGGCCCAGGUGCCCUUCCCCGGCCUCGACUGGCAGGCUGUGGGGACUGCCCACUACGGCACUGAAAGCUGCUCGUCUGAGUGAGCUAUUCCCAGGUUGUGCAGAGCUGUUCUUGGAAUGGCAGCAGCAAACUCACACUGUGAACGUGGGAGUUAUUUGAAUUAAUACCUGUGGAGGCGGGUCUGCUGGGCGGAGCCUGGCACGGGGAGCCCCCACCUCCACCCACCCACCCACCAGGCCUGCCUGAGGGGGACCCCAAGCGGUGCCGGUUCUCCUGCCUUGAAGACAGUUGUCACAAAGAGACUACAAAUAUAUGUAAAUGUGAUCUGAUGCCUUGAAAUAAAUUUUGCGGUAAAUUGUG